AGUAAGCAGGAGUGUUAUCAAGCCUGGGCUGCGGUUUCGGCGACUCGGGAUGUAAACACCAGCACACUUAAAAAGAAGUAUAACUUCGCCUCCAGGUCCUUCAAAAGAGUUAUUGCUAAGGCAAAGUCAGAGCACAUAGGCAGAAUUGGCGAGAAACUAGUUCGCCUUCCUUCGGGAACCCGUGCAUUCUGGUCUCUCACCAAGGCUGUCCAAGGGUAAGCCAUCACUACCAUCUCUGCACAGGGAGGACGACUCACUGGCCGCAAAAGACAAAGCCGACCUUUAGGCUCCCUUUUUGCGUCCAACUCGACUCUUGAUGACGGGGGGAAAACACCGCCGACCAUCCCGCGAUGUGAUUGCUCCAUGCUGUUCUCACAGCGCUCGGUUCGCAAAUUACUCCUCUCCCUGGACAUCCAGAAGUCGAGUGGGCCUGACGGAAUCCCACCAAUUGUGCUGAGGUCGUGUGCUCCGGAGUUGGCACCGGUCCUAACGCGUCUUUUCCGGUACUCCUACUCCCAAGGCGUAGUCUCGAAUUCAUGGAAGACAGCUUUUGUCCACCCGAUCUCUAAAAAAGGCGACCACUCAGACCCGUCCAACUAUAGGCCUACCGCGAUCACCUCUUUGUUCUCCAAAAUAAUCGAAUCCAUUAUUAACUGCCAGCUCAUGCGGUACCUUGAGGAUCACCAGCUGUUUAGUGACCGCCAAUACGGUUUUCGUCGGGGUCGAUCAGCUGGUGAUCUUCUGGUCUACCUGACCCAUAGAUGUGCGGAAGCAGUAGAGUCCAAGGGGGAGGCGUUGGCCGUUAGUUUGGACAUUGCGAAGGUCUUCGAUCGGGUUUGGCACAAAGCGCUUCUUUCGAAGCUCCGUUCCUAUGGGCUUCCCGAGAAAUUGUGCAAUUGGAUCACCAGCUUCCUUGCAGAUCGGAGCAUCAAGGUCAUUGUAGACGGUGCAUGCUCCGACUACAAGCCUAUUAACACUGGUGUUCCACAAGGCUGUGUGCUAUCACCAACGCGGUUUCUUCUGCAUAUCAAUGAUAUGUUGCUAGCUGGUAACAUUCAUUGCUAUGCGGAUGACAGCACUGGUGAUGCUCUAUACAACGGCCGAGCCAAUAUUUCUCGGGAAAACGUCGCCGAGUACCGGGACAAACUUGUGUCUGAAGUCGAGUCUUUGCUGAACAAAGUCUCGGAUUGGGGGCGACUAAAUCUAGUCCAGUUUAAUCCUCAGAAGACACAAGUUUGCGCGUUUACCGCUAAAAAGAAUCCCUUUGUCGUAUCUCCUCAGUUUCAAAGCACUCCCCUUCUUGCCUCAGCCAGUAUCGGAAUCCUCGGAGUCGAUAUAUCGAGUGACGUGCAGUUUCGUGGUCAUUUGGAAGAGAAGGCCAAAUUGGCCUCUAAAAAGCUUGGCGUGCUCAGCAGAGCGGGACAGUAUUUCAUGCCGGCACACCGCCUGCAACUUUACAAGGCGCAGGUUCGGCCUCACAUGGAAUACUGUUCCCAUCUCUGGGCAGGGGCUCCCCAGUGCCAGCUCCUUCCACUUGACCGCAUCCAGCGCAGAGCGGCUCGAAUCGUCGACGACCGAGUCCUUUCGGAUCAGCUCGAUUCAUUAGCACUGCGAAGAGAUGUUGCAUCCCUUUGCAUUUUCUUUCGCAUCUACUAUGGGGAGUGCUCGGAGGAAUUGUUCGGAUUAAUCCCAGCCGCCAAAUUUCACGAACGCACAUCGCGGCAGAACUCCCGAUACCAUCCACACCAUCUGGAUGAUUGGCGGUCCACCACUGUGCGAUUUAGAACAUGUUUUCUUCCUCGCACGACUUCCUUGUGGAAUCGAUUACCAUCAGCGAUUUUUCCAGACCGAUACGACUUAGGGACUUUCAAGAAAAGAGCGUAGUCCUUUUUAAAAGGCCGGCAACACAUCUGCGAUUCCCUCCCUGGUGUUGCAGUUGUUCAUGGGCGGCGGUAGUCACUUACCAUCAGGUGAGCCGCAUGGUCGUUUGCCCCCCUCUCUUAUAAAAAAAAAUCAGUGACGUAACCGACUACUGUCCUUAUUAUAGCGUAUUUAAAAAAUGGAAUUAUUAUUUACAACUAAAUUAUGCAAGUAAUCCCAAUAUCUAAUAUUGGUACUUCAAAAUGGAAUCCGUUUCUGGAUGUCAACAACGAACACCACAUAUUAAAUAACCGUUUAUUCACAAUGUAGAUUCAAAGUAGAGGAUCGGAGCGAAUGAGCGGCCUGACGGCGUCCGGGGCUUUCGAAGAUUUGAAUUGAUUGUCAAAUAGGCCGCCAUGCUUCUUUAUGCAUAGGCGAGCACGUUUUUUUUUACAACAUUUUAACACUUAUUACCUGUUCUUGAGCGAGUUGAAUUUCCGUGAACGUAGCAAUAAUUUUACUGUAGCGGUUUUCCAUAACUUUGGAACUUCUUUGACUUUUUAUACACAGAUUCCGGCGAGAUUGCAGAUUCACUAUUUAAGUUAUUAGUCAUUGCACUUGAAAUAAUUACGACACGUACGCUAAUUUCUCACCGCGCUUCUGUUUGCGCCAAACGCUAAUUUCAAGAAUCGACGCCAGGGGGCGCUCAGCGCGGUGAUUUCCUACGGGUUGAAUUUCGCGCGAGAUCCGGUUGGUGGCAAGCAAGGCGCGUCGGAAGUCUAUGCAGUGCGGUCUCUAGAACGGCUUGGUCGUCCCGUAUAACCUUUAAUUAGUGUCGGUUUUGUUAGCAAAUUUAUGCAACGACGAUGAGUUUGUAUACGUGGUACGUAGUAUUUAUUUACCUAGCCUUAUAUCUAUCGUGUAGGUUUAGUCUCCAUAGGCAUUUUAAGCCCCACCCUUAGUUGUCCGUCGAAUAUACAGCUGUAUGGGCCCCUGUAUGGUCGAGCUUUGUCGGGGCAGCUAGGGGCGUGUACAACUUCCUUUAGUGUUUUUGUAUGCACCACGUAAAGUUUCAUUGCUUAUAAUUUAAUAUCGUACUAUUUCACAGUUGCAUAAUAUCGGCAACUAUAUUUCAUAAGUCAUUGGUAUUUUUAUUGGUACCGAAGCUUAUGUAAUGAGGUCACGGUCCGCCGGCUGGGCGAGCAGACAUCAGUACUUACGGUGUAACGGUAGAAGGGCGCGGGAAGACGAGCUACAAUGUAAUUUACUGAGCGGUAAGGGUUUACGAAUGUGUGCGUGCGAGGUAAAAUCAGUUAAAAUAAUGCGUAUUGAAUUUAAAAGAUGAAAAUGACAAUGUUUGAGAUUUUUUGAAUAAUUUUCUUUAUCAUUUGCCUAUAUUACUUAUUCUGAACGUUCUCUGCAAAUUUGGCUGGUUAUUGCAAAAUAAUCCUGUAUAUUUGCAGCGUGGCUCUAGCAUGUUUGACUGGUAGAGCGUUGAACUUUUAUGUAUGAUUUAUUCUUUAAAAAAAAACGUUUAAUCGAGACUAGGAUUUUAUCCUUUAUUGUGUAUACAUACAUUGCACAAGGAGACUCAGAUCUCAGACACGGAAUAAUAAGAGUUGUGUGUGGUCGGUUGUGCAGGCGAUGGAGCUGCUGGUGUCGGGCGUGAUGCAGUCUGCGGGCGCGGCGCUGUCGCCGGGCGAGGCGCUGCGCCGCGUCAUGGAGGCGCUGGCGGGCGGCCUGCUGCUGGAGCACGGGCCCGGCCUGCGCGACCCCUGCGAGAAAGAGCUCGUCGAUGCGCUGGGUAACAUGCCACCACAAAAGCGUGAGGAUUUGACAGCGUCUGCUCAGCAGUUCCUAAGACAAAUUGCAUUUAGACAAAUACACAAGGUGCUGGACAUGGAGCCGCUGCCGAAGCUGAAGCACGCGGGCGGCGGCUGGAAGUUCCCGCGCAAGCGCAGGCGCUCCAACACCGACCCCGAGCCCGACCAGCCCAACGGUAACGGUGAAGGCAAAGUGGUGAAGACUGACGAGAAAACGGACGUCACCGAUGCGAGUGCGGCAAACGUCAAGAAGUAAUCUCAAUCUUUACCACGCUGUGUGGUAUCAGUGAGGCGUAGGCCAACUUGCAAUAAUCUUCCAUUAAAAAUUAAUAACCAUAAUGUAUGCUCGUUAAGGUUCAACAUAAAUCCGCGUUAUUUUUAUACAUAGUUUUGUCAUAUAAACUUUUUACCUGUCACUUGUCUAUUGGUUAGGUAUUGUAAACACAAAAAGGAAUUCUACAGAUUUUAGAUAUCGUUCGCCACCUUAUUGUAUUUAAGUAUUAAGUUUUCUGAAAAUUAAUAAAGUAAAAAAUAUUGAGAAAAAAUAAUUUCUGUAAUUUGUAUAUUAUAAGCUUGGUUGUUGCAAGUUGGUAUUUUGAAGCAGAAAUGACUGAGGAAUUUUAAAUAUUAUGACAACUAUCUCUACGUAAAUGACUGAAGAGAAUUUCUUGGUUGUUUUUGUCUUAGUUAAACAUGUGAUUUUUUGUUUAGGAAAACAUGGAAAACUAUGGAAAUAUAACAAUAGUUUAAAAAAAUGACUCGAUUGUUUUUUGCUCCAUGUCGUUUUGGAGUGGAUAAUAACAUCUAGGCGUAAACUUUUCUGAUAUAUUUAUUGUAUUUUAAUAUAUGGAAUACAUAUUUUUUGUCACAAUAAAAUAUUAUAACAUUAUUUUUGUGGCAUCAAUCUGUCCAAAAAACUAUGCAAGAGUUAGUCCAAGAUGUAGUAUUUAGUGUUUAGGCUAGAUUCUAUAUUGUAAUUAGUCUAUAUUUAAUAAUAUUUUAUGUGAGAUUGACAGGGAUAGUCAGACUGUUUGAGUCGCGUGGGAGGUUCUAGGACGAGUGGAUUUGUGUUAGGGUUUUUUAUUGUUAGAGUCACAGUAUUUGACGUUACGAAGUUAGUUCCUUUAUCGUCGACCGAGAUGGUACAUGAGUACGUAUCUCGACUAGCAGUUUCUUUAGUUUAAGCAUAUUUUGUUUACAGAUUUAUAUUUUCAAGUGAUUUAUUUCUAUCUGCUCUUUACCUACCUGUAGGUAGGCAAAUGUCUUACAUAGUACAGUAUUUGUAACAUAAGUUACCUUAAAUCUCCAAAUCCACUAUUGUAAUAUUUUAAUUGGUCAACUACGUUUACAAUGAAAGUUAAAUUAAAUUGUACAAUAUUCUCACUUUUUGUUCCCUACUAAUCUUUAUUUUUGUCGUAACUGUACUUUUUAAAUAUUAAUGUCAAUAAAGAAAAUGAUAAAACUU